AUGGUCUUCAACGCCAUCAACCACGCUGGCCCCACCUACCUACAGGACCUGCUAACCAGAAAACAGUCACAUACCUCACGCACACUCAGGAUGAAGGGCGAGGAGAACACGGUGGUCAGGGAUUACGUUCUCCCAGAUUUCAGCUCCAUCAAAAAAGGCUUCUGCAAGCCUCGGGAGGAGAUGGUGUUCAGCGGGAAGUAUAAGACCGGAGAGCAGAUCCUGAGACUCGCCAACGAGCGCUUCGCCGUCCCCGAGAUGCUCUUCCACCCGUCAGACAUCGGCAUCCAGGAGAUGGGCAUCCCCGAGGCCAUCGUGCACUCCAUACAGUCGCUGCCUGAAGAGAUGCACGCUCACUUCUUCCAGAACAUCGUGCUGACGGGAGGAAACAUCUUGUUCCCGGGCUUCAGGGAACGUUUGGAGGCGGAGCUUAGGGCUCUGGCCCCCGCCCACCUGCCCGUCUCCGUCCUGCUACCCGACAACCCCAUCUGUUACCCGUGGGAGGGCGGGAAGCUGCUGGCUCACAGUCCAGACUACGAGGAGAUAGUGGUGACACGAGAGGACUUCGAGGAGAACGGACAUUUCAUCUGCGAGGAAAAGUUCGACAUCUGACUGAAAACAAACUCCUCUCACGGAGGUUGGAGAGGAAACCCUGCAUGUUUCAUAUUCAGUCUACAGGAUCUGCCUUCAACGUGCAGGACGGAUUCAAACCACCAGACAUGCUGUUUCUCUACAGCUGUUCAAUGUGAUUUCAGUGUGUUGUAUAUUUGUUGUGUGUGUGCAGACGUCAUGGCUUCAACACUUCCUUUGGGAACGUCAAUAAAUGCUGAUAUUACAUUUUG